GCAAUGUCUCACAAGUAAAGCCAAUUAACAGCAGGUUGAAAUCAUCGCAUUUCAUAGCUUGAAAUUUUCGCCUUCGAAUUUUCUCUCGGUUCUGUUUUCCGUCUCCUAUUAUUGUGUUGUUGUUUUUUCUUCUGGGGAUUGUUUUUCACUCAAGACAGACAAGAUUGUACUUCCACAAGACUGCUUAACAUGCAGGGAACAUCUUUAUUCCUUUGUUUCGUCAUUUUCUUCGAAAUAACGGCUCUCAUCGCUGGUGAAAGGAAAACUAGAAGAGAUUGUCGUGACACAUUUCAUAGCUGCGUCAGUUGGUCCAAGGCAGGAAUGUGUGAAAAUAAUAGAUUUGGGUUCGUAAUGAGAGGAGGAUGUGCUAAGACUUGUGGUUUCUGUAAAGUUUCUUUAGACUCCAUUACAAAGACAAACGUAGAAGCUUCUGCACAAAAUUCAAAAUCAAGUUCUAUCACUGAAAGAGACGAAAAUGAGUCUUCAAAAAAACUGCCUACUCCUGUCACUCCUACUUCUAUCACUACCGCUACCACUCAUACAACAGGUACCACUCCUACUACCCUAACCACUCCUACUACUCAAACCACUCCUACUACUCGCACCACAACUAACACCCCAACAACCCCAACCUCUGGCACCACUCCAACUACUCACACUACCCCAACUACCCCUACAACUCACUCUACCCCCACCACGGUCACCAAACAUACCACCAUCACUACACCUACUACCAUCACAACCCGUACUACCUACACUACUCCAACAACCCACACGACUGCUACUACCUAUGCUACAAGACCAACAUUAUCUACUCCAACAACAUCACCCACAAGGGCCUUUCCUUCUGACCUGAAGGACAAGACGAAAUCAGUGAAGACAAAAAAUGAUGAUAAAAAAGCCAAGAAGUCAAAAUGCAAAGACCUUUUCAGCAAGUGCGAAGAAUGGAAGGAAAAGAAAAACAUCUGUAAGAGUCCCAAGUUUAAACCUUACAUGGAAUUUGGAUGUGCAAGAAGCUGCAGUUUAUGCAGCGCAUUCGACGAAGAUCCAAAUAUAGCAAGCCUACAAGACAAUGAUUCGGUGAAUGUGGAGAUUGGUGAGAAGAAAUCAUCGUUGGCACUUGGUCCUAAAUCAAGAACUAAGGACAUUGAUUCCAAGCUGAAUGAUGUCGUUGAAAUAGGAAUAGCAAGAGAAAUGAUCGAAGCGAAUAAAAAACCCGGCAAAAAAGGACAUCAUUUAAGUAGCACUUUGCAUGGCAAGAACAACAAAAUUCCUAGAAGCAAAAUCCCUCUGAAAAAGUAUAUCUUGAAGCAGAAAGAAAACUCUUCUUCGAUAAACAACGCCAAGAGAGUGGAAAUAGAGGAUGGCUUCAAGUCUGAUUCAAACCCUUUUUCUAACUUAAAAGAAGUUGCGAAUGGCGUCGAUAAGGUGGAUCUACAAACUGCAGUUCUUGGAUCCGAAGCUGAAUUCAAGACAAACACGUUUGAUGCUUUGGAUAGAGAUUUGCCAGACUUUGGUGGACUUGAUAAUGUUGGUGAUGUCGAGAAACUGCUGGAGACUCCUAAACCAAAGAAGAAAAUGGAUUACUAUGUGGAUCAUUUUUCAAGCGAUCCGUAUGAAGCUGAGAGUGAGAAGGAACAAUGGUUGCAGGAAAAUAGAAUUCGUCCUAAACAGUACCGUAGAGAAGUAAAGAACACGGAUGGUCAAGGCAAAGUACCAUUAACUUAUCAACACUCGUCAGAGACUUUCAAUACCAAAUCCAGUAUACCUCAACAACGAUUACAAAUAAAGCAGAAUAAAAAAAACAUACGAAAGUUGAACACCAAAAGAGUUGAGAUCGAAGAUGGCUUCAAAGCGCAAAGCCGGUUGUCCAGCCUUGACGGUGUAUCCCGUGAGAUCAGCAAGGUCGAAUCAUCCAGCUCAGGCUUUAGCUCAAAGGCUAGCGACGACGUAGCUGAUGAAGGGUUUGGAAGCAAGGCAGUUGAAGUGGACAGUCUGGAAAAAUUACCAGACUUUGAUGGGCUAAACAACAGGAAAGACGUACAAGAACUCUUUGAAACGCCAACAAACAAGAAUUUUGAUUAUUAUGUCGAACAUUUCUCGAAUGAUCCGUAUUUGGCUGAAAGUGAAAGAGAGGAAUGGAUGAAAGAGAAUGAUUCUAGAAUGAAACAGUACAGAAGAAGAUUGGAAGACACUAAAAUGACUAAACCUCUAAAACACAAGAAAAGCGAAAUAAGAAAAGGUGUAAUUUGAAAGCUAUGUAAAUUUGAAUUUAUUUUUUGUAGUAAAAAACAUAUUUUAUUCAACAUAGUACAGUCAAAGCAAGGGCGGUUCC